CACGGGGCGAGGGGAGCCCCGCUGCGGGGGGUUCUCCCUUCGAUCCCGGCGGUUCUGGCGGCGGAGGCCGAACUCUUUUUAUUUUCUCCCCCCCCCGUCCCGGCGCCUGUCCCGGAGGCCGAGAUGAGGCGUCGCUAAUUAGGGAGCGCUGAGGACGGGCGGGGUGAGAGGUGCUGCAGGGAGACCGAGGAUCCGCGGCUACGCCGGGAGCCCCGCCCGGGUUAGACAGCGCGGAGAUUUUUGGGGGAAAAAAACCCUCUCUGAGGAAACCUGUGGGAGCCUCCGUUUGUGUGCCGCAGGAUGAACGUCGGCGUGGCGCACAGCGAGGUGAACCCCAACACGCGGGUGAUGAACAGCCGGGGGAUCUGGCUGGCGUACGGGAUCUCGGUGGGAGUCCUCCACGUCGUCCUCCUCAGCAUCCCCUUCUUCAGCAUCCCCGUGGUCUGGACGCUCACCAACGUCAUUCACAACCUGGUCAUGUACUUGCUGCUGCACACGGUGAAGGGGACCCCCUUCGAGACCCCGGACCAGGGCAAGGAUCGCCUCCUCACGCACUGGGAGCAGAUAGACUACGGGACGCAGUGCACCUCCUCGCGCAAGUUCCUCAGCAUCUCCCCCGUGGUGCUGUACCUCCUCACCAGCUUCUACACCAAAUACGACCCUGGGCACUUCGUCGUCAACACGGCGUCCCUGCUCAGCGUCCUCCUGCCCAAGCUGCCCCAGUUCCACGGUGUGAGGCUCUUCGGCAUCAACAAGUACUGAGGCCCCGGGGGACGGAGAGGGGACACCCAGAGAGCAGGGGCAAGGCGUGAGGAGCGUGGGGCAGGGACCACUGCGGCCUUCAGGCAGGGUUUUAGCACAGUUCCUGCGCCCCAGGGAAGCUCCUGCCUGGGGCUUUGUCUCUUCAGUGAAGGGAGAAGCAGAGCGGAGCAGAGCAGUACCGAGCGGUCACGUCACACACAGUUUCCUUCGAGCUAACCCUGCAGAAAGCACCUGGGAGGGGAAAACCGCUGAGCAGCGGGAAGAGACACCCACCUCCACCUCCCUCAGCCCCGUGUUUUCUGUGUUAACACCCUAAUAAAGAACUUGGGGCGACCGGA